GCUGUCAGAUCAAAUGUAAACAAGAAGGGGAAUUGUAAACACAACGCCGGCAUCAUCGCAGACGGCAGAAUGAGCGUCACGUUGCACACUGAUGUCGGGGACAUCAAGAUAGAGUUGUUUUGUGACGAUUGUCCAAAAACAUGUGAAAAUUUCCUAGCCCUAUGUGCCAGCGAUUACUACAAUGGCAACCUGUUCCAUAGAAAUAUAAAAGGAUUCAUCGUUCAAACUGGUGAUCCAACGGGCACAGGCAAGGGUGGUCAGUCUAUCUGGAAGCGAAAGUUCGAAGAUGAAUUUAAGGAAACUCUAAAGCACAACGAACGAGGCAUGGUGUCGAUGGCGAACAGCGGGCCAAACACAAAUGGAAGUCAGUUCUUCUUUACGUAUGCCGCUCAACCUGCGCUGGAUCUUAAGUAUACGAUGUUUGGCAAAGUUAUUGAUGGAUUUGAGGCUUUGGAUGAGCUGGAAAAACUUACCGUAAAUCCCAAAACGUACCGACCAUUGGUGGAAAAGAAAAUCAACAGUGUAACGAUACAUGCGAAUCCGUUAGCUGGAUAACUGUACUGUGCGUUUGUUCUUUUCAUUCAUACGCUGUAAUAAAAACGCUAACCGCUUUUCUGUGAAAACCACA